UGCGGCAAGGGCAGAUGGACGAACAAAGCAUAGCUCAGAUCAUUCCACUGAAGUGCCGCAAGAGACCUUGGUAAUCGUCCUGUAAGGAGCCAAAGGAUCGACGCUGCAUCAAGUCGUCGCAAUGAGUUGAGGUGUCUUGGAUCCAUCGAGUCGAUCAACCUCGAGCUUCUCAACUUGCAACUUCCUCCGUCAAUCUCCCUCCGCUCCGCAUGUCGUGAACUCCGGCUCGACGCAGUUUUGACGACGACCCUAUCGAUAUCGGCCGCGCAACUCGAAAUGGCCUCGAUGAGCAAGCGAACUCAAGCGCGGAAUGAGCGGGAGCUUCACGAGUUGCUCUCCGUGCCCGGGAAUUCACAAUGCGCCGAUUGUGGUGCGAAGAACCCGGCGUGGGCGAGCUGGAAUCUAGGAGUCUUCCUCUGCAUGCGCUGCGCCUCUCUGCAUCGUAAACUGGGCACUCAUAUUUCCAAGGUCAAAUCUUUGAGCAUGGAUACCUGGUCGACAGAACAGGUUGAGAACAUGAGGCGCAACGGCAACAACGCGGUCAACAAGAUCUACAACCCGAAGAACAAGAAGCCCGACAUGCCGCUUGAUGUCGACGAAGUCGACUCGGCCAUGGAAAGAUUCAUACGCAAGAAAUACCAGGAAAAGAGUCUCACGGAUGGCAAACCUGAACCUCCUCGGCGCGACGACGAUUUACCCUCCAGUUAUUCCAGACCUCAAGGCGGAGAUCUGGAUUCUCCUCCACCCCCUCUACCUCCGAAGAAAGGCAAAUUCUUUGGUUUUGGUCUUCGCGCCUCGUCUUCCGCCUACAGUCUAUCGAAGCAUGAUAAGAAGAAGCACCAGAAAGAGCCUCGAGUAGAUAGCACAUUUCGCAUCCCCACUGGAGACUAUAAUUCAAGAAUGGACGAUGCGCGCUUUGAGAUGACAGACGCAGAAUUACAAAUGAAAUUGGUCACGUUGAGAGACAUGGGCUUUACCAAUACCGACCGCAAUACGAACUUGCUGCGCCGCUUGAAUGGGAAUGUGGAAAGGACCAUUGAGGCCUUGGUUCAACUCGGACCCAGUGAAAAUGGCAAUACCGUUUCCUCCAGAAGACAGGGACCGGCGCCUACUGCGAGUCGAGAUCCUGCCUCCAGGCCUCAAGAACCGUCGUACAACCCAUUCACGUCCAUGACCAACCAGCAGACUGUUGGUCUCUCAAUGGCCAAAUCCCAAGAGCCUUCAACUCCAACCAGCGCCACAACUUAUGGCAGCAACAAUCCUUAUGCUCAGCCCAGUCGCAGCCCAUCCCAGACGGGACUCGAACAGUCCUUUCAGUCGAUGCAAGUUUCCCAGCCAGUUUCUCAACCCUUAUUCCCUCACAGCACUGGGGGUUAUCCAAGCCAACCUCCUCCUCUACAAGACCCUCGUUUCCAGUAUUCAAUGACGCCUCCAGUCACGUCGACGCAAUUCCAACAAGGUUAUGUAGCGUCACCAGCAGCGGUUCCUGUCGUCAGCAAUCCCUUUUUUCAGCCCACCUCAGUGUCAGCUCAGUCGACAGGAAACAACCCGUUCCUUUCCCAGAUGCCUCCAUCUCCUUCAUCGAACCCUUUCUUCAAUUUGCAAUCAUCUGGACAGCCAGGGCAAGUACAACAACGGCAAAGCUCGCUCCCGGCAAGUUUCAAUCCCUUUGGGAUACCGCCCUCCCAUUCUUCGCCCCUUCAGUCGACACAACAGCCCCAGUCGCAGCAACCACAAGACUUGUUCGGCACUGCUCCUCAGAGUCAACUCCAGCCGAACAAUCCUUUUCAACAGGGCAUACCGCAGCAACAACAGCCCCAAGUGUCGAGCCCUCAAAUAUCUCAAAUCCAACCUCCUUACGGCAAUUUCCAAUAUACCCAACCUGAAAUACAAACCCAUCCUCAGACACAACCCCAGCAGCAGACACAACCGCAACCGAUGCCGACGUCAACUCCUCAAUUCCAGCAACAACUAUCAUAUUCCCAACCACAAUUCUCUCAGCAUACUCAGCAGCCUAUGAUGCCCCAACAAACUGGCCGCUACGACAAAAGUUCCAUCUUGGCUCUUUACAACUAUCCACAACUCGGCUCCCAGCAACUCGCUUCAAUCCCAGAACCAGCCUCCGAACAGCAACAACCGCAACACCCGCAACAGUCGCUGCAGCACACAAUCUCGUAUUCCCCAUCAGGUGAUAUCUUUGGCAACAAUAAUAUCUCGCCUGCGAAACGUAGCGCGACUAUGCCUGUUUCGCUGUCGAGUAUGCACUCCGCCGGUGGAAGCGGGAAUCGAAAUCCAUUCAUGACCAACGUCACUGGCGCUAACGUGAACACCGUCAAUACAAAUGGGACAUUAAAUCCCUUUGCCGGCGGCGCUAGUCCAUUCGGGUCCCCUCCGCCCGGCCAUGCUCAGAUUCAGAACCAGAGUUUUGGACAGAGCUUUCCGACACAGCAGCCUUUUGGGCAGGGGAUGAACAUGCCCAGCGGCAUGGGUGCUGGUGUGGGAGUGCAGGGUGCACAACAGGGUAUCGGGGCAAGGCAUGCCAGCGCAGAGAGUAUGAGUAUCAACAAUUUGGAAGCGGGGAGGCAUAGUCCCGACGCCUUUGCAAACUUGAGCGCGAGAUAUAUGAGAUGAGAUAUGUCACAAGGGCGGAUGGGGCGAACGGGGCAAAUUCGAGUCAUUGAAAGCAGCGGGAAGUAAUAUUACAUGGUUUCUUCAAUAUCUCACGUACCUAGGUAAUCUUUUGAUAUGACGGCGUGAAGCAGCCAGGCUGGCUGGGAUUCUCUGGUUCACCGACACAGAAAGAAGAAAGAUAAGAAGGAUGAAAGAGGGUACGACGGUGGGAGUCCGCCCCGGAUAUGGGGACGUGGAAUGUAAUGGCCUUCUACACACUCUACCUACCUACAUAAAUAGGUACCUGCCUAGCCGUUCUUGUCGGUAUCUACACACCAAUCUGCC